UCGCUCUGACACAGGUCGAGCGUUCAAAAGUCCCCUAGAAGGACACCGACUCUAGGCCGACACAUCCCACCCAGUAGACAAGACACCGGCCUGUAAAAUAUCACCAUGCCCAGGUCAAAACGUGCCAAGAUCGUGUCCCUCACCAAGGUCGCUAAAAAGACCAGAGAGGACAAGUCUACGCUCAUCGAGGAGGUGCAGCAAAAUAUCGAAAAGUGGAAGUACUGCUGGCUGUUUGAGGUCGGCGCUAUGCGGAAUGCAUACCUCAAAACUGUGCGGAAGCUGUGGAAAGACUCUGCACGGAUAUUCUUUGGCCGGGGUGCAGUGAUGGCCAAAGCACUGGGCACAACCGUCGAAGAGGAACACCGCCCAGGUCUCCACAAACUCGCCAAGCAAAUAAAAGGCCAAGUCGGCCUCCUCUUCACCGACUCAGAGCCCUCGGAGGUAACCGAAUGGUUCGACGACUUCCACCCGCCCGACUUUGCGCGCGCGGGCAACCUCGCGACGCGCACCGUCACGCUGCCCGCGGGGCCCGUCCUGCGCGUGCACUCGGACCCGCCCGAGCCGUUCCCGCACAACGAGGAGCCGCAGCUGCGCAAGCUCGGCCUCGGCACGGUCAUGAAGCGCGGCGUGCCGACGCUCGACGCGCCCCAUCGCGUGUGUGCAGAGGGAAAGCCGCUGACGGCGGAGCAGGCGCAGCUGCUCAAGUUGAUUGGGGAGCGUAUGGUCGAGUUUAGGGUUGUCAUGCGGGCAAGGUGGGAGGCGGAGAGCGGGGAGGUGACGCAGGUUGGUUCGGGCGUGGUUGUUGAGGAUGAGGAGGGUAAGAGUGGGGAGGAUGAGGAGAUGAGUUCAUGAGAUUGGGUCUGGUACUUAGAGCGGUAGGAAAGCAGCUCUACUCAUGCCCACCUCGUACCAGAUAUGUAUGCGACUCGAUUAUUUGUCAUCUGCCGUCGCUCCGACUUUAAUGUCCAUUGCUAAGGCGGACGUCAUCGAUCGUAUUGCUGCUUCCAUGAAUGCAUGCUAGAAUUUACAUGAGAGUCCGAUAAUUUAGAUACG